GUUUUGCUAACGCUUUACCAGUUGCGUUACCAAAUAUUUUAUAGUACAAGUGAUGUAUAGAAAAUAUUCAAAUCAGUCACAUGUUUAUUGAACAUGCUUUGGAAACUUGAGUUAGUCACGAAUGUUAAGAAUAUGGCCGUUCUUUGAGCUGAAAAAAUAUUCUUUUGGCCGUUUUUAUGGCAGAGUUUGAGGCCAGUGAAGCAUCACCAUCAUGGCAGAAACAUCGUCGGCAAAUGGAACCUUGUCUUCGAACACAAAUGCGAAGACUGCUUCAAAGAAAUGUGCAAUUUGUCCAAGCCAGAAAGCCAUAGUUGUGAUAUCGUUAUCUUUAUUCAUUUAUUUGUUAUUGUAUUUACAACCAUUCGGUAAUUACCCUAAAGUUAUUCGAAAAUUAUUAUCAAUACGACAUGUGAAUUCAAACGGUACCAUCAGUCCAAACAUUAAAGGAGAAGUGUUUCUGCUUAUUUUAAUCAACUCUAUUCCCAAGACUUCAAGUAGAAGAGCUGUUCUUCGAGAGACGUGGGCUGGAACUGCCAAAACAGAUACCCCUGGUAAGUCUAUGAACACUAAAAACAGUUUUAACAACAAUCUACAAGUGUUUUGCGUGUUUUUAGUGGGACGAUCGAGCAAUGAAAAAGAAAACACCGAGCUCGAACGAGAGGCUUACAUCAAUGGGGACAUACUACGAAUCGACACUUCAGAAAGCUAUAGAAAUAUGAUCAAAAAAAUCUGGGGAGGAUACAGAUGGGCUUCUAAAAUCAAACCCAAGUAUCUGAUGAAAGUUGACGACGAUAUCUAUUUGAAUAUACCGCAUUUAAUCACGUGGAUACAUAAGAAGUCUCUUCCACAAAAGCUCUAUGCAGGCUGGGUUUUGCAUCUUGGUCGAAUAAUGCGAAAGCCUAACAACCAAUGGUAUGUCAGUUACGCUCAGUUUCACGAGCACUACUACCCUGACUACUGCAUUGGACCUUUUUAUCUCCUCUCAGGCGAUUUGAUCGAGAAAUUAAUCCAGGUUUCUCUCAAGAGAAAAAUGUUUAACGUAGAAGAUGCAUACUUGGGUGUGUUGAUGAGAGAUUUGAAGAUUCGACCUCUUCGAAUUAACGAUCUGUUUGUGUGGGAUCCAAGCCUCGGGAACUCUAUUCCAAACUGGUCAAAUAAACAGUUUCGCCAGGUUAUUUGUCUUGGAGAAAGACUUGACAGUAAGAUAAUUCGCUUAAUUCACAGUAAAUAUCAAAAAAUUGGAUUCUUAUGAUUCACUGAUUCGAUGAAUUAAUUUGUACCACAGGAAGCCCAUUCCAGAAAAGGAGUUCAGUGAUCUGAACAUUGACUAUUUGUGCAUUUAACUACGCAAAAUUUUAAGAGUAAUAUAAUUAUUUCAAAUCUAUGAAUUAAGCAAUAUUUGCGCUUUUUCAGUUAAAGGUUAUUACACGUUCUGACUGACUAAGUCUUUUGAACAUCAGUAACUUUAGAGAAAAACUGCACGCUGGUGUUUCAAAAAACUCUAUAAAAUGACAAUUUUAGACUUUAUAACUACUACACUACUGAUUUCACUUCUGUAGCUUGGCCUUAACGCAACCUCGUAAAAAAGUCAUAUGUUGCAGUGAAGGCCAGUGGAAUUUCAAAGUUCUUGUAUUCACCAUUUUCCAUACAUCGGUUCACUGGUCAAACACAAAGCAUUCAGUCGAGGUUGCAAGGUUCAAAUUUGAAUAAUCCUUUGAAAGUACCUUGGCGCCUCGCUUGAGCGCUUUGUGUUUGACCAGUGAACCAAUGUAUGGAAAAUGGUGAAUUGUCGAAGUUGUGCAUUGUUUACAACAGUUACUAACACGUUGCACCACAGCCAAUCACAGUAAUCAUGUUGAGGCCAGGCUGCAUAGCCCUAAAGUCAGUUCGACUGCUAAUGGUUCGCUCCUAUUUAAAUACAGUGAAAAUUGUGCCGUUUUUUUAUUAGAAAACUGGAGUAAAGUACAAUUUUUACACGGAA